GUGAUCAACCCAAAUUAAGCCCAUUUGGGUUGUUGCCCAUCCACUGGUGUCUGGUCAUUCUCGCGAACGAGAGAUCUCCAGUGACGGAUCCCUCGGCGAUGCUGAUGGCGAUGCGGUUUUCUUCCUCGGUCGCCUCUCGCCUCGUUUCCACUGCCUCCAAAUCGGCAUCUUCGACCGCGUGGAGUUUGAUUGCGUCUCGUGGCGAGGUAUCCGCCGCCGUUUCUUCUGUAUCGGAUCCGGCUCAAUUGAGAAGCGCCAGUGACGACAUCAAAGAACUCCUCGAGAAAAACCAUUGUCACCCUAUCUUGGUUCGCUUGGGAUGGCAUGAUGCUGGCACAUAUGAUAAGAAUAUUGAGGGAUGGCCAAAAAGAGGGGGAGCUAAUGGAAGCUUGCGAUUUGACAUAGAACUGAAACAUGCAGCUAAUGCUGGAUUGGUAAAUGCUUUAAAGCUUCUUCUGCCUGUGAAGGACAAGUAUUCACGUGUCAGUUAUGCAGACCUUUUCCAGUUAGCUAGUGCUACAGCAAUUGAGGAGGCUGGAGGCCCAAGAAUCCCAAUGAAAUAUGGAAGAGUAGAUGUCUCUGCCCCUGAUCAGUGCCCAGAAGAGGGAAGAUUACCUGCUGCUGGCCCACCUUCACCAGCUGGUCAUUUGAGGGAUGUCUUCUACAGAAUGGGGUUUACUGAUAAGGAAAUUGUUGCACUUUCUGGUGCACACACUCUAGGUAGAGCCAGACCUGAUCGCAGUGGCUGGGGAAAACCAGAAACAAAAUAUACAAAAGAUGGUCCUGGAAGCCCUGGUGGACAGUCGUGGACAGUACAAUGGUUAAAAUUUGAUAAUAGCUACUUCAAGGAUAUCAAAGAGCGACUAGACGAUAAUCUACUAGUCUUGCCCACCGAUGCUGCUCUGUUUGAAGAUCCGCACUUCAAGAUAUUUGCUGAGAAAUAUGCAAGAGAUCAAGGCGCAUUUUUCAAAGAUUAUGCUGAAGCUCACGCCAAGCUCAGCAACCUAGGUGCCAAAUUUGAUCCUCCAGAGGGCAUCACGUUGGAAGCAUAAUUGAAGCAGCCAAGUAUCCAUAGGGCGGAAUGGUCAGAUUAGAUGUCUAUCGUAGAAGAAGGAAACACGCAGAUUUUUUAUUUUUUUUCUUUUCAUUCUGCUGAAAUUUUCCUGGACUACCGUUUUUGACUUUUGUCAACAGCUAUAACUUUGUUUUGCAAAAUGAGGUUCUCACUUUUGUCUAUGCUUGUAAUAAUAAUAAAAAAUUUAAUUAAUUUAGUAUUAUAAAAA